AUGGUGCUCUCCAUGGACAAAUGGAAAGGCAAAGUUGCUGUUGUUACCGGAGCCAGUUCAGGAAUAGGCGAAGGAAUUGUAAAGAAACUGGUUGAAGAAGGCCUGGUAGUGGUUGGUUUGGCAAGGAGAUUGGAGCGUAUGCAGAAACAACAACAAAUGUUGGUCCAUCAACCGGGAAAGUUUCAUCCAGUUCAAUGCGACAUAGGCAAGGAAACCGAUAUAUUGCGUUGUUUCGAUUACAUCAAAGAAAACAUCGGCCCCGUCCAUAUUUUGGUGAACAACGCUGGUUGUUGUAUAUCUGGCACUUUAUCAGAAAGCGAUACGAAUAGUUGGAAAACGAUUAUGGACGUCAAUGUGAUUGGUUUAUGUGUUGCGACCAGAGAAGCGGUCAAAGUGAUGAAGAGCAAGAACAUCGAAGGUCAUAUAAUCAACAUGAACAGCCUUGCGGGGCACUUUAGAGUCCAAGUAAGCGGCCUGAAUCUCUAUCCUGCGAGUAAACACGCUGUCACAUCCAUAUCGGAUACCCUCAAAAAUGAAUUCGCCACUAGUAAAACCAAAAUAAAAGUAACGAGCAUAAGUCCCGGAGUCGUGGAUACGGAAAUUUUCGCCGUCUCUGGUUUGAACGAAUUCCACAAAGCCGUCGAGGAAAACUCGGUACCCUCGCUUUCACCUGAUGAUAUAGCUGACGCUGUUUGUUAUGUUUUAUCUACACCCCCGAUUGUUAACGUAUCGGAGAUGAUUAUUCAACCAGUAAACGAGACAAUAUGA